GCUCAUACACUCAAAGCGUCUGGCGUGUGUGGCUCAGGCUGCCCUGCCGCCGGGAGCUGGCCGGAUACUGUGGCCCCGACCGCCGCAACAUUUAGUAACAUUUGUAACAUUUGUAACAUUUAGUAACAUUUUUUAACGUUAAUUUCUUCCGAAGCUCCGCGGUGCAGGGAUGGGUGUGGAAAUCGAGACGGUAGCUCCGGGAGACGGGAGGACAUUCCCGAAGAAGGGCCAGACAUGCGUGGUGCACUACAUAGGCAUGCUGCAGAAUGGAAAAAAGUUUGAUUCCUCCAGGGACAGAAAUAAGCCCUUCAAGUUCAAGAUUGGCAAGCAGGAGGUGAUCAAGGGCUGGGAGGAAGGAGUUGCACAGAUGAGUCUGGGCCAAAGAGCGAAGAUAACCUGCACGCCUGACAUGGCCUACGGGGCCACGGGUCACCCGGGGGUCAUCCCUCCCAACGCCACGCUCAUAUUCGACGUGGAACUCCUGAAGCUGGAGUGAGGACGACCCGCCCCCGAAGCCCCCCUCCUCCGUCCCAGCGACUCCGAACCUCACUAUAGCAUCUUAAUUAAACCUCUCACUUAUUUUCUGUUCUGCUUCAUUGCCAACUGUAUCGGUCAGAUGCUUAUCGAUGCUUUAGUGACUUUACUUUUUCCCCAAACAAAUUUGGCCUCCUUGGUUACAUCAUUAAUAUUUCCCAAAUAUAACUCCCCCUCCAUUUUUACAUUGUACAUUUUUAUUUAAUAAUAAAUAUGACAAACUUAAGUAAAAAUAGAAUAUAUAAAGGGUAUAAACCACUGCCUUAUGAUGCUGUUAAAAUAGAGGUAAUACGUAAAAGGACAAUAUCGUGCAUCUUAAUGGGCAUUAACAACUACUGUCUGCUUUAAAACUUGAUAAAGAAAUGUCCUCCAAGUGAUGAUAGUGAUGAACUGCAUCGCUGUCUUUUUAUAAAUCCCUGUUACGAAUGUUUGUCGUUGCCACAGAACACAAAAGCAGAGGUGUGAGUGAGAGAUGGCUUUACUUCUGAUGAUACUUGAUAAACAUGUAAUAAAAUUUAUCAUAUGCCUAUGCUGCGACCAUAACGUCUGAAACAUGUUCACACAUCACACUCGUGACAAUAUUUUGAAAGCUUCCAGUGUCUGACAGGUCAUCCGACAGCUCGAUUGCAGCCUUUUCCAUUUAGGAUGUCAUCUUUUACUUAAUUUGACUUCAUAUUGUCUCUGUGUCAUUUUAUUUCAUGAUUUUUCAUUUAUUUCAUUAAAAUGUUGCUCUCUUUAG